UGGGGUUCCUUGAAACCCUCUUGGAUUCGAAUUCUCUCUCCCCCUUAAUCUCACCCUACAUGUUUCUUUAUCAUUCGCAUCCCCCUUUUCAUUCAUUGCCUCAUCUUCCCAGUUCUUCAAAUUCCUUUUACUUUGUGCCCUAAUUUCACGAUCACUCCGUUAUCUUCUACAAUGGGAAGCAAAGGCCGCAUGCCACCGCCUCCACACCUGCGGCGUUCGAUUCCGCCGGGUCCCGCCGUGAUGCCGCACCCGCUUGUCGCACCAUUUGAUCUACUCCCGCCGCCGCAGGUGAUGGAGCAGAAGCUAGCGUCUCAGCAUGCGGAGAUGCAGCGCCUGGCGACGGAGAACCAGCGGCUUGCAGCUACGCAUGGUGCGCUGCGGCAGGAGCUAGCGGCGGCCCAGCACGAGCUGCAGAUGCUCCACGCACACGUGGCAGCUCUUAAGGGAGAGCGGGAGCAGCAGGUGCGCGUGCAGUUGGAGAAGAUCUCGAAGAUCGAGAGCGAAGCGCAGAGCGCAGAGGGCGUGAAGUUGGAGCUGCAGCAGGCUCGCGGAGAGGCACAAAACCUUGUUUUGGCUAGGGAUGAACUUGUUUCGAAAGCGCAGCACUUGACUCAGGAACUGCAGAGGGUUCACACUGAUGUUGUUCAGAUCCCCGCCCUUAUCUCAGAACUUGAAUGCCUCAGACAGGAGUAUCAGCAUUGCAGGGCCACUUUUGACUAUGAAAAAAAAUUAUACAAUGAUCACCUUGAGUCACUUCAGGUGAUGGAAAAGAACUAUGUUUCUAUGAGUAGAGAAGUGGAAAAACUUCGAGCCGAGCUUUCAAACACUGCUAAUGUGGAUCGGAGAAAUAGUGGGCCAUAUGGUGGCACCUCCGGAACUAAUGAGAACGAGGCUUCUGGUCUUUCUGUGGGACAAAAUGCUUAUGAAGAUGGUUAUUCUGUUAUGCAGGGACGUGGUCCCCUUCCUGCACCCAGUGGGGGUGGAGGUAGUGCUACUACACUUGCUUCUACUGGAGCUCAACCGGGUUCAACUCCUGCAGGGACUGGUUAUGAUGCUCCCAGAGGACCUGGUUAUGGUGCAUCUGCAGGACCUAAUUAUGAUGCACAGAGGAGUGUUACCUAUGACACGCAAAGGUUGACAGGUUACGAUGCCUUUAGAGGAUCUACUUAUGAUGCUAAGAGAGGGGCAAUUUUUGAUGCUCAAAGAACUUCCUAUGAUCCACAGAGAGGUUCAGGAUAUGAUAUGCAAAGAGGAACGGGUUACGAUUCAUCGAGAGCUGGUGGCUAUGAGACACAGUCUAGAGGGGUUGGUGGUCCUCAUGGACAUGCUCCACCCGUGAACAAUAUACCGUAUGGAUCCACAACCCCGCCUGCUCGUAGUGUGGGUGGAUAUGAAGCUAGUCGAGGUGUAAAUUCCGGUCGAAGAUGAUGACGACGACCUUGAGUUUUAGAACUUCGAACAUUUGGUUUUGUCCUAUCUUGUUGUAAUGUGCAUAGUCCACGAGAGGGAAACAAAUGUUCGUCAUUAUUGGGAAGACAUUCUCCCGCGACAUGAAUUUGGUAAUACAUUACCGAUCUAACUUGCGCCUAUAUAUUUUAUUUGAGAUUUGGGAUGUGGUUUAAUUUUAUUAAUUUCUUAUCUUUCCUUACCUUUUGAUUA